AUGGCUCCUCAUCAUCAUCAUAAACCAGAGUCUCUACAAUCCUUAUCAGAAUUUAUAUCAGAGAGCGUGGAGAGAGAACGAGAAUCGUUUCGACCUACCAUUCUCAAUGCUCCUUCCUCAACAAGCUCCAUGGAUCAUCAAGAGCCUCAACAAGCACAACAACCUUCCAAUGAUGAUCCACAACCUGUAUCCACAGCAGCUUUCAAUUUUCCAAGCGUAACAGCAACACAUCUUCCUCCGUUCGUUCCACCCGAAGACUCGAACCAGCAAUUGCCAGAAGAUCCACCCCAACCAUCACAACACGAAUUCAACAGGCUUCAACGAGCUCAAAUACGACGCCUUAGUAUUGGCAAACCUUCAACAUUAGGACGUUCAUCCUUUAUAUUCAGUUCCGACUCACCACGAACGUAUUCCUCUAUUCAUGAAAUGGUGAGCAGGUGGGAACGACACUUCCUUGAAUUGACUCGUCUCGCUUAUAUAUCUGUCUUGACGGGUAAAAAGCGUCUUAGUGAAUGGACACUCAUGAAUCAAAUCGCUGAGAGAAUUGCAGAGAUUACAUCAAGUAAGUUGUGUGUCAUUCUCAAGGAAGAACCUCCAUCGUCGCCGAUCCACUCAUCACUGAAUACUGAACAGGACCAACAAGAACAACGACUGUUUGGAGAGCUCAAAGUGAUUGGUUUGUUUGGUCUCGACGAUGAAGACUACAAACGUUUUGUACAUGUACAUCAUUUGAGCUUUCCUACCCAAAAAUCUCAUGCAAUGUUUAUCAAGUCAUUCAUGACGAGCACGCCCAUCAUUAGUACACAAGGAUCAUUUGCGUAUAAUCUUCCCCCUGGCCAUAUUGAAAUAUUCAACUCUAUAUGUAUUCCAAUAUGUUUUGGAAAGUAUCCACUGGGGGUGUUAAUUGCGGGUAAUAGAGAUGGCGAUUAUAUUGAUCAAAUGAUCAAUCCAUUGUCUGCAUUAUGUAAUUCAAUUGGUCACAUUAUGAAAAUGUAUAGUGUUGAGGUGGAAGAUGAAAAGAUAACAUUAAGCGCUCCAGCAACAAAUAUGACUACUCAUUCAAGCUCAGCAACAAAUAAUGAAUUUCCGUUAAUAUCAAUCAACGACAACAUAUCCAUUUCACAAUAUUCCUCAGACGCUAAAGACACUCUCAAAAUAACUCCUCGUCAUCCUCCCACAAGCAAGCAAUCAUCCCACAAAAAAGAAACAAACCCUUCAUCACUUAGAAGAGCUUCUAGCUCGAGCGGAAUUACAAGUCCACAGUCGCCACCACCAAUUUCACAACGUGUUUACAUGCUUGGGAAGAGCAAAAGCGCAGUCUUAAUUAGCAGCAACUCAUCAACAACGACAACGUCAAACUGUGAUAAUUGUGAUAGAAAUGAAGCAAAGGUGACUGGAAACGAGCUUACAUUGCCACCAGAUCCUAACAAGCUUUUGGCGUUAGAAAAUCCUACCUUACGAACAUCUAGUCCCUCCAGCGGGACGUCAAGCGUUUUAUCUGGAGGAUCCAUUGAUACCUCUCCUCUCUUUGAUGAAAUGGAAAAUGAAUUAUUGAACUCAGCUGAGGUUUCUUUAGCAGUAUUUAAGGCUGUUCGUGAUGGUAUAUUAAUUUUGGAUAGUGACUUACAUGUCACGACAAUGAAUCCAAGUGCUAAAAAAUUCUUUGGAAUUUUACAAAACAGUUCACCUUUGAAAUUCAAUGGAGAUUUACAUAUCACAGAGUUAAUACCCGAUAAUUACACACAACGACUAGUUUGGUCUGAAAUUUGUAAUUCGUCAAGCCAAAACUGGGUUCGAAGAAAAGCUCUCGCAAAAUGUAGAAAUAACAACUUGAUAAUGCGAUCUUCUGAUUUUCAAGAGUCAACACCUGUGGUGGAUAUUGUUUCAAACAACCCUAUAAGUCCCAUCGACACACACUUCACCACUCCUACCAGCUCUUUCAAAUAUGAGCCCCAAGAUUUUUGCAGGAUGAUACCUGUUCUUGUCUCCGCCAGUUCAUUCUUUUUCGGAAAUGAAACAUUUUAUGCUGUAACAGUAACAGAUGAAACCACAAAGGAAGAUAUGAAGGAAAAGAUGAAAUUUAUUGCUUUCCUUAGUCAUGAGCUACGAAAUCCCAUUCAAGUAAUUGUUUCUGGUGUCCAAUGCCUCGUUGAUAUGCUAAACAAAGAUGUAUUCAUAAGCGAUGAGAGAAAUUAUAUUGUGAAGAGUCUGUUUGGAGCUUCAGAAUUUAUUUCGUUGAUUAUCAAUGACAUGAUUGAUUUGACAAAGUUGGAAAGCGGGCAUAUGAAAAUAUUCGAAACAACGUUUGACAUUAGAGAUAAGGUAAUGCAAGUGAUGCAAAUGUUGCAAAUCUAUCAAGAGAAAAAUCUUGAAAUUAAAUCUUCUAUUGACGACAAUGUCCCACUCAUGCUCUAUACAGAUUCCACCAAGUUACAACAGAUUCUUGUUAAUAUUUUGACUAACUCAUGUAAAUACACUAAAAAGGGAAGCGUGGAGCUAAAAGUAUCAUAUACUGAGGAAAAUAAUAGCCCAAGAGUCAUUUUUCAAAUUAAGGAUACUGGUCUUGGUAUUGACAAAUCUGAAAUUCCUUCCAUGUUUAGACUCUAUAAACGAUUGCAUCGCAAACAAUUUGAAGCCACAGGAAGCGGAAUUGGAUUAGCACUCUCCAAACUGUUAUGUGAUAUCCUUGGAUGCUCUAUUAGUGUUGACUCUGAAAAGAAUAAGGGCUCAACUUUCACCGUCGAGGUUCCAUUUAAGAAACAGUUAAUACAACCUCUGGAGGACCUUUCAACCUCUGGAGGACAGGAAUGCGCAAAUGAUGGGAAGAACAAUGAACAUGAUGGAACCUCAUUGCCAGACUCGUCGACGACGAUUGGUGAGAAAAUAUCGAAAGCUCUAAUACAUACUCCUGAAACAGUUUUGAAAGGCAAACGAUGCUUAAUAGUGGAUGACAGCGACAUUAUUCGAAAGCUCUUGAGAAACAUGUUGAAAGAAUUUUGUGGUAAUUGCAAAGAGGCAGAAAAUGGGCAAGAAGCUGUUCAAAUGUGUGACAUGUACGAAUUCGAUUUUAUUAUUAUGGAUGUUAUUAUGCCAAUAAUGUCAGGAAAUGAAGCAAUCAAGAAACUGAGGAGCGAGAAGAAAUUAACAACACCUAUUGUAGCCUUAACAGGGAAUUCACUGACUGAAGAAGUGAAUGCCUUACUUAAUAUUGGAGCAAACAAAGUCUUGCUGAAGCCUGUGAAGAGAGCGGAAUUAUUGUCAGAACUAGUGCAAGUACUCUCUCAAUAA